GUGAGACACGAGUGGUGGCCCGUGACGUCAAUGCGUUACCAUGACAUAUUAUUAUUAUUACUAUUAUUGUGACACGAUGAUAUUCUGCCCGGGCCCGGCUCGCGCCCUACAGACCUCGCCGUCCACGCCAUUGGCUGACGACUCCGCAGCUUGCUAUAGCCGCGUUUGCCCGGGUUCCGCGUUAUCACCACUCGUCGUCCCACACUCCCACACACCCCUUUGCCAUCGCCGCGCGAGCGCUUCGAUCAACAGUUAAAAGCAUUGCCCGGGUAUCGGCCGCGAGUGUGUUCCAUCUUGAUAUCGAUCGUUUUAUUGCCGACCUUUGACGCAAUAGUGCUUACUGUUGACGCGGUCCUGUAGAGCUUUUACGGUCGACAGUGCGAUACACACCGACGUCGUCGAUAUAUUAUUAUAAUUAUAAAGACCGACAGAUCGUUGCGCAUCGCCCGAGCUUUGGAACUCCGUUGACAUGGACAACAAUGCGCUGUUAAAAUUCUUGCGUCAUUAUUUCGAUCACUCCGACUUUAAGAACGAUACGCAGAAGAACGCUAUCCUGACAAUAUUGAGAAGGAACGCUGAUGUUUUCGUGUCGUUUCCGAGUGGUUAUGGUAGGACAAUGUGCUACCAACUACCAUCUCUAAUUUAUUGGAAUAAAAUGACUGUAGUGAUAAUUCCUCACGUUACCAGGAUUAUGGAUCACGUUAACAAGUUAAGGCGUUUAAAGAUUCAAGCUGAAGUUAUUUCUACGUUAACUACUCCCAAUGAAAAAACACGUAUUUAUGUGGAAUUACAAUCUGUAAACGCCAUACAUUGUAACUUUCUUUAUGUAACACCUGAUCAAGUAUCUACGUUGGACUUCAAACUAUUUUUGUCUUAUUUGAUACGAUUUAAGAAACUAUCAUAUAUUGUAGUCGACGAAACACAUUGUGAAAACCAAUGGAUUUAUGGUCAAAAAAAUAAUGAGUAUUAUGCACUUGGCAAACUUAGAAAAGAAUGCAUGGACAUUCCAUGGAUUGUGGUUACAGCUACAGCUGGUGUUGACGUUAUUGAUUUCUUGAGGAGGGUUUUAUAUAUUAAAGAUGAUCCUACGAGUAGCUUCAGGUUUUCAAUACCAUCCUACAGACGGAAUAUUUUUUAUGACGUAGCUUUGGAUGAUAUCAUUGGAAUUUCAGUUCCUCAUUUAACAAAAUUUCUUGACAGAUAUUUAAAUGGAAAAGAUGUAUACCGUGCUCCAAACUCAGGUAAACCUUCUGGAUUAAUAUUUUGUAAGACGCGACAGGUUACUGAACAAUUAGUUAAAGAACUGAAAUCUUAUGGUAUUUUGAUUGCUGCUUAUCAUGCUGGACUAGAGGAAACUGAUCGUAAUGCUGUUAAAGACUCUUUUAUGAAUGGAUAUUAUCAAAUUCUUGCCGUAACUAGUACUUCUGGAAUGGAAAUUAAUAAACCAAAUAUAAGAUUGGUCAUACAUUGGGGCAUGCCGUCUAGUAUUUCGGCAUAUUAUCAUGAAUCAGGUCAAGCUGGAAAAGAUGGCCAUCCAGCACGGUGUCGAGUUUACUUAACAAAGCAAUCAACAUUAUAUUACAAUCCAGAAAAUGAAGCUAUGUUGGCUGACGCAAUGAUUCCAGCCGAUACUCUUGAAUCAAUACAAAAAACAGCAAAAAGUUUCCUUGUGUUUCUUCAUUCUCGUUAUAUGAAAGAUUAUUGUGAAGGCUUAAAGUGUAGACACAGAUUAAUAUCUGAUUAUUUUGGAGAUGGAAAAAUGGAAUGCAUUGAUUCAUGUGAUAUUUGUUCUAUAGUAUCUCAUGACUAUUAUGGAGGACGUGGUGCUAUUAGAACGGAAAUAUUACAAAUGGGUCUGACUUCUUAUAUGAAACAUAUUUGUUCAAAAUAUCAUGACUUGGAAAAGAAUAACAUGCUUACAACUAAAGAUGCAUUAAAUAUAAUGAAGGUUUGCGAUGAAUUGGCGAGAGCUAAUUAUGCCGAAAACCCUGAAGCCAGAUUUAGAAAUUACCGUGAAUUUGCAGAAUUGGAGAAACUAGGCCUUUUGGAUCUUGGACCUUCAACUUCAUGUGUUGAGAAUGAUGACAAAAAAGAUAAGGACGAAUUGCCUUCAUCAUAAUAAUUAUAAUACAUAACUUAUAAAUUAAUUAUAAACUUUAAUUUAUUUUUUCUUUGAAAUAAAUAGUUGAAUUAUACAUA